AUGGGCAACUGCACUGGAAUUUGUGGUAAGGAAAUGGUAGCAUAAACGAUUGAGGAUAAAAAAUAGAAACUGGAUCUGGAAGAUUAGUAGUAAAUAGAAUAAGCAUUUGUUGCUGGAAAUGCACCAUAAGAUGAUGCUCAAUAAUAAGCUUAACCAAAAGAGGAGAUUUUAGAUGAAAAAAAGUAGGAACAACAGCAAGAUGAUAAAUAGAAAAUUGAGUCCUAUUAAGAAAAAGUUAAACUAGUUGAAAGCAACGAAGCUUCAGUUAAUCCUCAUAAAGAUAGUUAAAAUAAUCAACAGCCAGUUCCUGAUGAAUAGAAAGAGUAUGAACCAGUAACUUUGGAGACUGGUAUUAUCUUUGAUUUACAUUAAAGGUGCCACAUAUGCUGGUUAAUGGAGAGGAAAAAUGAGAUGGGGUUGGGGAAAAUAAGUUUGGCCAGAUGGUAAAUUAAUAUUAUGACGUAUUUAGGUUCUGUAUAUGAAGGAUAUUGGUAAAAUGAUAAAGCCUGUGGUAAAGGUAAAUUAAUCCAUGCAGAUGGAGAUGUAUAUGAGGGUGAAUGGCUUAAUGACAAAGCGAAUGGAGAAGGCAAAUACAUACAUAACAAUGGAGCUUAAUAUGUAGGAUUUUGGAAGGAUGAUAAAUAACAUGGUAAUGGUAAGGAGACAUGGCCAGAUGGAGCACAUUAUGAAGGUUAGUAUGAAGAAGGAAAGAAACAUGGUAAAGGGAAAUUAGUAUUUGCUGAUGGUUCCAUGUAUGAAGGAUAGUUUGAUAACAAUGACAUACAUGGAUUUGGAGUUUAUGUUUGGGCUGAUAAUAGAAAAUAUUAAGGGGAAUGGAAAAGAAAUAAAAUGCAUGGUUAAGGAACAACAACUUGGCCAGAUGGAAGAAGUUAUGAGGGAGAGUAAUUAAUAUUUCACUAUUGAUAAGUUAUGAGGAUGAUAAGAAACAUGGAUAAGGGACAUUCGUUUGGAGUGAUGGUAGAAAAUAUAUAGGAGAAUGGAAAAAAGGAAAAUAACAUGGCAAAGGAAUCUUUGUUAAACCAGGAGGAGAGUAAAGAGAAGGAGAAUGGAUUGAUGGUAGAAGAUAAAGAUGGCUGGAUGAAGCUGCUGGGGAUGGACAUAAUGCUAAUAAUUGAU